GGUAACGAAAAUGCGCCAAACGACCCGAUCCAUACGGCGGGCGAUGGUGAAGCCGUUUCUCGUCUAGACAUUGAGAAACUUGUGGCUGAGACAGUGGCGAAAACAUUGCCACUUGCCUUAUCAAGUGUCCUAGCUGCAGGGGGCUUAAAAUCAUCGGGUGUAAUAACACCUACACAAAGUAUAGAACCUGCAGCCACUGACCAGGUUCAAACACAGCCUGGCCCAUCCCGAGGGGAUCGCUUUUACACCACUGAAUCAAAGGUUGAACUCCCUGAUGAUUUGAGAGAACUAACCACUCAAGCCUUUUCAAAAUCCCUACAGAAGGAUCGAAACAUGGCAAGGUCUCCUUGA